AGGUAGCUGUUGGGUUUUGCUGUCGGGCCAUCACCCCACUCAAGAAUAUUUAAAGGAUCUAUGUGGUCUGUCUGUUUGAUACAGUAUUUUCUGAUUCUUUGUCUUCAUCUUGACAGGUUUCAAUAAGGUUUUCUUAAGUUUCUGUUUUUUAUAUUGUUGGCUCUGAUAAACAGUAGCUGUAUUAUUCUUUUUAUGUUUGUUUUGUUUUGUUUCGGAGACAAGGUAUCUCCGUGUGUCCCUGGCUGUCCUGGAACUUGCUCUGUAGACCAGGCAGGCUGGCUUCGAAUUCGGAGAUCUGUCGCCUUUGCCUCCCAAGUGCUGGGAUUAAAGGCGUGUGCCACCGCCGACAGGCUAAGCUUAUUAUUCUUAAUGUGCUAUGAACCGUGGGACCGGUAUGAUUUUGCAAAUACUAAAAGGAUCAGAAAGUAGCUCAGAGAUUUCCCCAAAGAAAAAGCUAGAGGAAACUACUUAAUGAAAAAGACUCCAGGCCACUGUGAGAAAUUGAGUACCUUGGAGGAAAACUCAGAGAAUUUCUCUGAGUGAGGUCUUUCCUGCCUCUACUGCCUUUUCCUGAAGUAUUGUAACAGGAUGUCUGCACAGCCGGUGGAAGAAGAUUCAAUACUUAUCAUCCCAAAUCCAGAUGAAGAAGAAAAAGUUCUGAGAGUGAAACUAGAGGAGGAUCCUGAUGGUGAAGAGGGAUCAAGCAUUUCCUGGAAUCAUCUCCCUGACCCGGAGGUUUUCCGACAGCGGUUCAGGCAGUUUGGAUACCAGGAUUCACCAGGUCCCCGAGAGGCUGUGAACCAGCUCCGAGAACUUUGCCGCCUGUGGCUCAGACCAGAGACACACACGAAGGAACAGAUACUGGAGCUGGUAGUGUUGGAGCAGUUUGUUGCCAUCCUACCCAAGGAGCUACAGACUUGGGUUCGAGAACAUCAUCCAGAGAAUGGAGAGGAGGCAGUGACCGUUCUAGAGGACUUGGAGAGUGAGCUUGAUGACCCUGGACAGCCGGUUUCAGUCCGUCGGCGAAAACGGGAAGUGCUUGUAGAGGAGAUACCUCAAGAAGACACUCAGGGAUUACCAAGUUCUGAGCUUGAUGCUGUAGAGAACCAGCUCAAGUGGGCAUCCUGGGAACUCCACUCUCUGAGGCACUGUGAAGAUGAUGCCAGGACAGAAAAUGGAGCCCUGGUUCCAAAGCAGGAGGCGGCCUCAGCUGCAGAAGCUCAUAAUGAUCCUGGCCCUCUUAAUAUAGGUGUUUCUCAAAUCUUUAAAUAUGGAGAAACCUGUUUUCCCAAGGGCAGAUUUGAAAGAAAGAGAAAUCCCUCUCGAAAGAAACAGCACAUUUGUGACGAAUGUGGAAAACACUUCAGCCAGGGCUCAGCCCUUAUUCUUCAUCAGAGGAUCCACAGUGGGGAGAAGCCUUACGGAUGUGUCGAGUGUGGAAAAGCCUUCAGCAGAAGUUCCAUCCUUGUGCAGCACCAGCGAGUCCACACUGGUGAAAAACCUUACAAGUGUCUCGAGUGUGGAAAAGCCUUUAGCCAGAAUUCUGGGCUUAUUAACCAUCAGCGAAUUCACACUGGGGAGAAACCCUAUGAAUGUGUUCAGUGUGGAAAAUCCUAUAGUCAAAGUUCAAAUCUUUUUAGACAUCAGAGAAGACACAAUGCAGAAAAACUUUUGAAUGUUGUGAAAGUUUAAGAAAUUAGGGGAAACGAUAAGCACUCAGGUCUUUUUCUUCAGAAAUGAAGACAAAAUUAAAAACAUGAAGUGAUACAGAAAAGAUUUUUUUUUCCCUGUUGACUGAGAAAAUUCAUUGGGAAGUACAAAAAAAAAAUCUUCAUUCACCAUUAUUAUUGUGAAAGAAAUGGUGUUAUGCCUAGAAACUGAAAUUUUAAAUAAUUCAGGUGUUAAUACCUAAAUUUUCCAUGUGAUGUUUAUAUUCUCUUUUUUCCCCCAAGUAAUGAGCUACCUGAUUCUUUAUCCCUUUCUAACAAUUUCCUUUUUCAGACAAAUACUUUAUUUCUGUGUUGGUCAUUGGAAUGUUUUGUAAGGAUACAUACCUUUCUAUUUUAAAAGGCAACAUAGGAAUUGUAAAAUCUAAAAGCCCAUCUUCAAGCAUUUAAAAACAUCUUUGGAAAUUUAGUUUCCUUUUGUUCAGUUUGAGUUUGUUUGGGAGAAAUAGAAGAUAAAGGCUGGCCAAAGCGUCAGUGUUAAGUGAGCCUGGAGAUCUCAGAUGAGCAGUGAGGGUGAAACUGCCAGGGGUGAGAGGGAGAAAUUACACAUUGAAGUGCACCGGUCAAGUACAGCCAUCCUUCUAAAGGAAAACUUACAACCAGACAAGAAACUGAUUCUAUUUCAUGUGUGGGCAUCUGACUAAUGAAAGCAGUUUGCCUGUGUGAAAGUGAAGGUAAAUAUAACACUAAGGAAGAAUUCGUAUGAAUGCUGGUGUUGAAAAGCAAGUGUAAAAUUAGGGCAAUUAUAUGAUGUGGCUUUUAGGGAAAACUCACAAAUCCUAGUUAAGGAUAGAAAAUUCCUUGAUGAGAGGGCAACACUAUCAGGUUUGCUCUUUAUUCCUUUGGUACAAAAGGGUUGAACAGGCUAAAACAGCCACGCAUUAUUAUUAAACAUUUCCACCGACAAUGCACUGUGCUAGGUACUGUAAGCCUACUCUCAGUAGGGAGGCAUUUGUUCCACUGUAAGUCAUAGGGGUUCCCCAUUAGCAUUCCAGGUCACCUCUGAGAUUCCCAGAGUUGUAGUUCUCUAACACGUGUGUUGUGUUUAGAGGGAGAGACGUCAGCUCAGAAAGCUAGCUAGCUAGUCAGUUCUUAGCACUUUUCAGAGGUGAGUUCAAGAUACACUCUUAGUUUGAACAUUUUGAAUCUUAAAAACCCCAAUGUAAUUUCUAGGAGCAUUGCAGUUAUAACUACAUGUUAAGUUGAAUGGACUGUUCUACUUUAAAAAUAAACAACUAGGCUAUUAAUAA